AUGAAGCAAAGAUUUUCUUCCGCAAUAUCACAAGAACUACAUGCUCAACUUCCUGGCCUGCGACUGAGCAAUAUUUACGAUCUCUCUUCCAAAAUCCUUCUGCUCAAAUUUGCAAAGCCUGACCAAAAGGCUCAACUCAUUAUCGACUCGGGCUUUCGUUGCCACUUGACAGACUUUGCGCGGACCACCGCACCAGCACCGUCCCCUUUCGUCGCCAGGCUAAGAAAGUUUCUCAAGACCCGCCGUCUUACAUCCGUUUCGCAGAUUGGUACCGAUAGAAUUAUUGAGUUCCAGUUCAGCGACGGCCAGUAUCGCUUAUUUCUAGAGUUCUUUGCCGGCGGCAAUGUCAUACUCACGGAUAACGAACUGAAGAUCUUGGCUAUCCUGCGCAACGUGAAGGAAGGGGAGGGUCAAGAACCUCAGCGCAUCGGGCUCAACUACUCCCUCGACAAUAGACAAAAUUAUGGCGGCGUUCCCGAGUUCACUAAGCAACGUCUCCGCGAUGCCCUCACCAAGACUGCCGAGAAGGCAGCUAAUGUAUCUGGUGCCACAAGAAAAGGACGAAAGUCUGGCACUGACCUGAGGAGGGGCCUUGCUACUACAAUCACAGAGCUGCCACCAAUAGUUGUCGACCAUGCUUUCCGAUCCACAAAUUUUGACGCGCAGGCGCAAGCCGCCGACAUACUACAAAACGAUGAUACUUUUGACGCGCUGUUCGAGGCGCUUGAGGAGGCGCGGAAGAUUCUGGCUGGCAUUACGAGCUCUGCUCAGAUCACGGGUUACAUCAUAGCUAAGUCCAGAAAUGGGGCCGCCAGUAUCCAAAGCAAAGAUCAAGUUUCAGAAGCAGCCGUUGUGAAGCCAUUUACUCCUGGAUCAAGCAAGGACUUGCUCUAUGAGGACUUUCAACCGUUUUUGCCUAAACAGUUCUCCAGUGACCCUACUAAUGUUAUUCUCGAGUUUGAGGGGUUCAACAAGACUGUCGACGAGUUCUUUUCAUCCCUGGAAGGUCAAAAGCUCGAGUCCAAGUUGACAGAAAGGGAAGCGGCUGCCAAAAGGAAAUUGGACGCCGCGCGAGAGGAGCAGGCAAAACGUAUAGAGGGGCUGGAAGAAAGCCAACUGCUCAAUUUUCGCAAAGCCGCAGCAAUCGAGGCUAACGUAGAGAGGGUUCAGGAGGCCAUGGACGCUGUCAUUGGUCUGCUUGAGAAUGGUAUGGACUGGGUUGACAUCAACAAACUGGUUGAGAGGGAACAGAAGCGGAACAACCCGGUUGCUGCCAUCAUCAAGCUACCCAUGGACCUUGCCAACAAUACCAUUACUUUGCGCAUCGGCGAAGAAGAGGAGGAUGAUUCCAAGGAUGGUGUCGACGAAGGCUACGAGACAGACUCGACCGUGUCCGACGAUGAUGAUGAGGUUGACGCAAAAUCGCAACAGCCUCCAAAGCAAGAGUUGGAGGUGGAUAUCAAACUCAAUUUGUCGCCCUGGGGCAACGCGGGAGAGUACUACGACCAAAAGCGCAGUGCGGCUGAGAAACGAGAGAAGACCAUUCAGCAAUCUUCCCUUGCUCUCAAGAGUGCCACGCAAAAGAUCACGCGAGAACUACAGAAAGGGCUGAAACAAGAAAAACCAGUCAUACAGCCAAUUCGCCACCAGAUGUGGUUCGAAAAGUAUUUGUGGUUUAUAUCUUCGGAUGGAUAUCUGGUCUUGGGCGGUCGGGAUGCUCAACAAAACGAAAUGAUUUACCGCCGACACCUCGGUCGCGGUGAUGUUUAUGUUCAUGCAGACCUGAACGGUGCCCCUAGUGUAAUCAUCAAGAACAACCCGAGGACUCCGGAGGCUCCUAUACCACCAUCAACGUUGUCGCAGGCCGGUCAGCUGACUGUAUGCGCCUCGAAUGCAUGGGAUGGAAAGGCGGCGAUGGGAGCAUAUUGGGUCAAUGCCGACCAAGUCUCGAAAGCUGCCCCAACCGGUGAAUUCUUACCCGCAGGCAGUUUCAUGAUCAAGGGCAAGAAGAAUGAGCUACCUCCUGCAACUCUUGUUAUCGGGUUUGGCCUUCUCUUCAGGAUCAGCGAGGAGAGCAAGUCUAAGCAUGCCAAACAGCAUCGUGUGUAUGAUCCAGUCGAAAUCGGCACCGGAUCAAUUGAGGCGUCCAGCACGAAGCCAUUCGAAGACAACAUGCCAGCGCAAGCAGCCGACCGUGAGUCAGGUAGUGAUGACGAUGGGGGUGAGGCAGAGGACGACACCAACUUUGCGAGGGCCAAUCCUCUGCAAUCUGGAGGCGGUAGAGAUGGCGGUGAUUCGGACAACGAAGGCGAGGAUGCCGCAGUACCCACACAUGCCAUGGCGAAGCUGGAUGUCACAGAAAGCGAUACAGGGAAACCUGAUUCCACCGAUGAUAACGAGGCGAAUCUGAACGACAAUGGGAAACCAGCUACCGCUGACGAGGAGACUGAAGAACAAGACAGUAACCAUCCUGGAUCGGCUACUCCUGCCUUGUCCACGACUGGAACUACAACUCCUCAACAAAAGAAAGGCCAGCCGAAACGAGGUCAGCGUGGAAAGGCCAAAAAGAUAGCACAGAAAUACAAAGAUCAGACGGAGGAGGAUCGCAUCGCAGCCGAGACGCUCUUGGGCGCCACUGCAGGUAGACUGAAGCGCGAGGCUGAGGCCAAGGCAAAGGCAGAAGAGGCGGCGGCUCUUGAGGCCGCAAGAGAACGACGCCGAGAGCAGCAUAGGCGGCAGCAGAAGGAAGCUGCCGAGCACGAAAAGGCACGCGCAAAGCAGAUGCUGGGCGAAGAUGACGCUGACGUCUCGAGUGGCUCGUUUGAUUUUGGUGCCUUGGAGACCUUGGUCGGUACCCCGUUGCCUGGCGAUGAGAUCCUUGAGGCUAUCCCCAUCUGUGCGCCGUAUGCGGCUAUGGGCAAGGUCAAGUACAAGGUCAAGCUUCAGCCCGGCGCACAAAAGAAAGGAAAGGCGAUCAAGGAGAUCCUCGAAGCUUGGAAGAACGUGUCAACCAAGAAGGGUGUCAUGGACGAGCAAGCAUCAGACACCGAGCGCAUGUGGCCACGUGAAGUAGCUCUCAUCAAAAGCUUGAAGCCUGAGGAAGCCAUGAACUGCGUUUUUGCUGGCAAGGUCAAAAUCAUGAUGACUGGCGGUGCGAGUGGAGGCGGUAGCGGUGGUGGUAAGGGAGGAAAGGGAUCCAAGAAGCGAUAG